AUGGGGCUUUCCUUCACCAAGCUUUUUAGUCGGCUUUUCGCCAAGCAAGAAAUGCAUAUUCUUAUAGUUGAUCUUGAUGUUGCUGGUAAGACCACCAUUUUGUACAUGCUCAAGCUUGGAGAGAUUGUGACUACCAUUCCCACCAUUGGAUUUAAUGUAGAAACGGUGGAGUACAAGAAUAUUAGCUUUACUAUGUGGGAUGUUGUUGGCCAGGACAAGAUCUGGCCCUCGAGGAGGCAUUACUUCCAGAAUACUCAAGGCCUUAUAUUUGUGGUUGAUAGUAAUGAACGUGACCGUGUGGUUGAGGCAAGGGAUGAGCUUCACUGAAUGCUCAAUGAGGGUUUGGAAUUGGCUGUGGUUUUGGAGUCGGAUAGGGAUUUGGAGGUUUUCAGAGAAUUUGUGGUUUCCAGUGCAUGGCAAAGGUGGUUAUAGUUCCAGACACUUGGACCUUGGUUGAAAUCAUAUGCUUUCAUUUAAAUUAUUAUUUCAAGUGCAAAUGAAAAGGAAGGAAAGUAUUUGCAACAAGGCCAAUAUGAGGCUGAUCAUUAACUAGCUAAUAACUUCUUUUUUGUUUCUAUGGGGAGUAGCAUUUUAUUAGGACAGGAGUUUUGUGUUCUGUUUUCAAUUUAGGAGUAGUUUUUUUUGUUGGUUUUGUAUAUGUAGUUUGGCAAGAGUAUUUAAAAGGUCUUUAUUGGUAAGUUUUACUUGUUGGCUCGAUUACCAAUGCCUUGGGUUGGAUUUCAACUCUUGCUAUUGUCAUCUAGGUCAAGACUUUACCUGGCAUUGUUUUCCAGGGAGGCAAUGUAACUAUAAUUAGGAAAUCUGUUCUAUGACAUCAUAUCAGUUGCAUAAAUUUU